GCGAUGGAUAAUUCGAAAAUCGCUACGCAGUUUUUUUUGUGACACGGCUCCACCAUUGCGAAAAGAAGUGUUUUUAGGACGUAUAAAAAAAUUCACUACGAGGUACUUCAUUGCGCAACGAUUGUACUUUGUCGUAUGUUGCAUGGAAAAUUUAAUAUAUUGUAUAUUCUGUAUUUUAAUCUCUGUCAUUUUGAAAACGAGUUUCGAAGGAAAAUGCUGAAAAUUUCAAGAUUUAAUAAUUUUAGAAAUAAAUUUAUUAUUUCAAAGAAGUCGUUAAUAGUUACAAAAAAUCCUAUAAAUAAAAAAUAAUCGCGUAUUAAACGUAGAUUAAAGUAAUUUCUGCAACUAUUAUCUAUUGUUUUAUUCUCUUAAUCUGAUCCUUUGCUGUUUACAAGUUUUUUUUAAUGUAAUCUUUUAUUUUUAUUUUAAUAGAUGGAUCCAUUUGAUCAAUUCUCCUAUCGACGACGGGGCAAAUUAGCUCCCUACUGGCUUGCUGCAAUAUAUAAUGAAAAAUCAUUCAAGAAAUAUUAUAAUUCUAAUGUUAUAAAAAAAAUGAACAUUAUACAAACUUGUGAAAAGAUAGCACAAAUGACAUUGUAUAAUAACAAGUCAGCUAGAUUAAAUUUGUAUCAAUCCUCACAAUUAAUGUAUGGUGUAGCGAAAAUUCAUUUAUAUCAGAUUGCUUAUCAUCAUAAUGAGGUUUUUGAAGCAUUACAAAAACUUAAUGCUACAUUCCAGAAGGAUAAAAGUAAAAAUAUUGAUACAUUUGCAUUUGAAUCUUCUUUAAUAGAAGUGCCUCGCUUAGAUAGAUCUUUUCAAUAUACUCGAUUGGAAAAAGAUUUACAUCUUCUUUCAGAUGAAGAUUUUGAUGAUAGAUUUCAAAUAAAUCAUGAUUAUAUGCAAAAUGUGACUCUGAAUUUUGGUUGUUUAAAUGAUGAAGGAUUGGAAAUCCUUGAGCAUGAUAGCAAUUUCUUAUUGUUAGUUCUCAAUUCCUAUAUUUUUUUUGUAGUGAAGUAUUUCCAAUUUUUAAUCUCAAUUAUUAGUGGUCCAAGAAUAAUGCAAAUCAGCGAGGACAAAGACAUCUCGAAGAAGAUGGCUGAUAUAACAAUCGCAGAUGAGAUACAUCGAGAAAGAAUACCGUCUCAGGAAAUACUUACUCCAGUACUUGUAGAUAUAUCAAAUAGAAAAGAUAAACCCAGAAACCAAUUGACUCCACAAAAGCGGUUGCAACAUCAGAUACAAGAGAAAACACCUACAAAAAAAAGACGAAUUUUUUUAUACACUAUUUUUCAGUUAACUUUUGACACUGUACCUCCUGUUCCUAUAGAAGAUGUGGCAGUACUGUCUCCUGAAUUGCCUAAAGAGAAUAUGGAGACGUUAGCUUUUUCAGAGAAAAUUGAAUUAAGGCCAUUAUAUUCAGACGAUUCUGAGAUUGUUAAACGUCCAAAAAAGUUAAUUAUCGAUCAGAGGAUCUCCUUAACUGACAAACAGCUUAAAAAAUGGCGCCAGAAUGUACAAUUUCGUUGUAGACAAUAUAUUGAUACACCACAAAUUAAUCGUCCGAUACCGGCAGAGAAUUUAUUUAUGCAACCAUCGCAUUUACCUAAACGUUGGAAUGCUAACUUAAAACGCAAUCCUUUUGCUGAUUCUAUUAGUAAUGUGGCUGAUAAACUCAUGCAAUCUCAUGAAGUGAUACGUAUAGAGACAGAUACUAGGCGAAAUCUUACAGAAGAUUUGAGUGCACUUGGGAAAACAAACACCAUAAUUGCUACUGAGCCUACUGUGGAUAGUAUUGCAAACAUCAUACCGACAAUAAAUAUAAUUCAUGAAAUUGAACAGACAUCAAUGGUACCAAAAAUGGUACCAGAAAUGCUACCAGAUACAAUGACUGUAGAGGAAAAUACUAGUUUUAAAUUAUAUUUUAGCAUUGUUGAUCGUAGGACAGGACAAAAAAUAACAAGUAAAAAUGAUACUGUAGAAAGCUUCGAAGAUAUAGAAAUUUUAUUAAAGAAACAGCAAUCCCAGAGCAUACAUCUUUCACAAUCUUCUACUACUUCAAUUGAGACGUCACGGCCUCCACUGACAAGUCAAGAGAUUUUGGCUCUGUUGGAAGUUUUAUGGUGCGACAAACCAUAUGUUAAAUUCAGUGAACUCAUUCCUAAGGAAACGUACACGAAAGAUGACGCUGCUACCGCUUUUGAUAUACUUCUCCAGUUACAUGCGCAAAAGAAAAUUGUUUUGCAACAGAAAGAAUGUUAUCGCACUCUGUGGAUUUCAAAGUAUUCUGACUCAUAAACAUAAUUGAAAUAU